AUGUCAGAUACCUCUGAACAGCUCGUGGAAAUCUCUCGCAUCGAUCUUGACUGUACUGGACCAGCCAAAGCAAUCAUUACGGAUGUGAAGCACCUGGCUUCUUAUAAUUGGAUCGAAGCAUCCACACCCACUAUCGCUGUCCCAGGCAGUCCAGCUCGGUGGUCUGCUCCACAGGGGACCCGACAGGUGAAGAAGGAUAGCGGCCUUGUUUAUAUUGCUCAGAAUGCUGCUCGUCAUCCUGAUAGUCCCCUAGAACCGUUAUUUCGCUCCCUAUAUAUCGAGCAUCCAUUGUUCGACAUAAACUCAAUCGACGUCAUUACCGACCGAAACAACAUUCGCAAGCUUCUAUCUUUUAUCAAACCCACUUUGACCAAGAAUGGACUCGAUCCAUUCACCAUCCAGGUGGAUAUGGCCGCUCAAACUGCAAUAUUUUGUCGUGACGAGACCGCUACUUUUGAAGUGAUUGGGCCAGGCGAAUUCAGGGGCUUUGGUCAUGAAUUUGAGAGAGCAUACACUAUCAAUCAAGUUCGAGACAGCACUGGGCACCACCGCAUAAUUUCAUACCGACUGGGUGGUCUGAGCUUUCUCGUGCGCCAUGAGACUGACGGAUUUGUUGAAGAUUGGAAGCCGGUUGUGGAGAAAGAUAAGUCGACAGGGGACAACCUUGCAAACAUUUUGCAGUCCUUGUCUCUAUCACCAGAAAAUGACACCACGGACGAGACCUCCGUUCAAUCGAAAUUGACCAUCAAGAGAGAAGGCCGGGUAGUACCCCGGGAAUCAACCUUAGAGAUUAAAACACGAGUUGUUCACAAACCUCUGGAGCUGUCAGAGGUUGCCCCUCAGCUCUGGAUUUCCCAGACGCCCAAGCUUGCCCGUGCUUACCAUCAACGUGGGAUAUUCUCUACACCAAAAGUAGAAGAUAUCACUGCCGGACUGAAAGAUUGGGAGCAAACCCACCAAGAUCUUAUCAGGAAACUCGUCGCUCUCAUAAAUUGCAUCCUUCGAGUAACAAGAAGUUGGGGUGGGAGUUCAACUAUUCGGUACGAUUUUCUGAAAGAUAAACUUGUGAUCAAGAAAGUCGAGAGAAAGAAGAUGCUCCCCGACGACCUCUAUUCCCGAUGGGCCAAAGCCAUUCCCGUUGAUGUCGAACAGAAAAUCUCCGAAAACCGCUCAGCUCCUACUCAAAAAGGGUCAGACACUCUGCAGCGCACUACAAAACUUGACCGAGGUAAUAGCCCUCCAAGUGGCACCAAGGCAGGGCCAGCCAAGCUUCAACAUCAUGUGAAUGUUGCCGCUGCUGGGAAGAAAUCAGAAUUAUGA